AGCAUUUCAUUGCAGUCACAUCGGCGAGCAGGAAGGUUAAACUUACUCCUACAUUAGCUAGUACAUAUUUAUUUACAUACAUACGCAUAUAAACGCUUACAGUUUACACUGAAGGAAAAUUGAAAUCAAAAGUUUUAAAUUUAAUUUUCUGCUUAAAUUUCUUUAAAUUGUGAAAAUGGUGGAGAAAUUCUGUUGUUUCCGCUUAGAAUCGACGGCAAAAUUUUUCGGUUGGCUUGGCAGUAUAGUGUCUGCCGUUUUAAUCAUCCCAUGCAUAAUAGCCUUGGUAUAUGUGAAGGAAAUUGUUGAUUCCUUAAUAAAACAAGGUGUAAGAAUUGAAAAUCGUGAAGACGCUGAAAAUAUUGUGACAAUAGUUCUUGCCUUGGAAAUUGUUGUAUUUGCCGUUAAUGUUGUUACGCAUAUUUGCCUGCUUCUGGGUACCAUACAGAAACGUCACAAUUUGUUACUCCCAUGGCUGAUAGCAGGCGGCAUAAGCAUUGUUCUGUCCAUCAUACUCAUGUUCUUCAUUGGAUUUAGUACUGUUAUAAGCACCGCAUUCAAUAUUUACCUGUGGAUCUGUAUGUAUUCUCUAUACAAGCGUAUUAAAACCGAAAAGGAGCAGAGUCAUUAUCAGGCUUGCACAGAAUAUUUUCCCAAGCAAACGGUUUAAUAAGUGAAAAUUAAAAAUGCCAUAAAAUUUAUAAUCAUUUGUUAACAUGUAACAAAAAUAUACUCGAAUAGAUUCACACAUCUGUACAUACAUAUAUGCAUGUAUGAAUGUAUGUACAAUGAUGAUAAAAAAUCUUUUUACAUAUACCUACAACUGUAUAUACAAAAUGUACUUGUUUAACAUAAGCGAAAUAAACUCAUCAAUAUUUUUUCUACAAA